CGAACUCUUAACUCUUCCUUGAAGCUAUCUCUUCACGUGGGAUCAAUCCAGAACAAAGCAUUUCUCUUCAUCAUCUUGGACGUCCCAGCUUUAACCUCCACAACCACCCAUGUAUCCUCAGCAUGAGACCAACCCCCAUUUUCUUCCACAACCACCAUAUCCACAGCUCCAAGAACAGAGGCCAAGGCUGCCGCCACAAGGCCCUAGACAUCCUGAUGGCCAUUUUACUCAGCCUUCACCACGGCCACAUGAUACCCAUCACCCUCAUUUCCAACCACCCCUCCAGCCACGUCCAUCCAGACAUCACCUGCCGCAACCAGUUAUUCCACCCAAAACCACGACUCAUCGUAAACACGGAGGCGAAAUGCCCCUACCGCAGCUUCAUCAGGGAGGACAUCAUUUCGGCCAACAUGGUGAUGACCCAGAGCAGGACCCAAGGUCGCAACAAGGGCAGGGCCAACAGCGGCCAUCUCCUCUUCCAGUGAAUACUACACGUAAGGCUAGACCUGUAGCCUGGAUAAUUGCUGCAUUUUGUACUCUGUUUUGGAUCAUAGUCAUAGUGGCAGGUCUAGCAGUACUGAUCAUCUAUCUAGUCUAUCGCCCAAGGCUUCCAAAAUUCGACAUCUCAACGGCAACUCUGAAUGCAGCCUAUCUUGACACGGGGUAUCUUCUCGAAGCUGAUCUUACCAUACUAGCAAACUUCACCAAUCCAAACAAGAAAGUGAAUGUGGACUUCAGUUAUGUGAUAAUGGAUCUUUAUUAUGAAUCAAACUUAAUAGCUACGAGAUAUGUUGAGCCCUUUACGGCACAUAGGGGUCAAUCCAUAUUUGAAGAUAUUCACAUGGUUACUAGUCAAGUUAGGCUUCCCAUUGCCCCAAGCCAAGGUCUGGCGAGGCAAAUGAACAGUGGAGGAGUGAAGUUUGACGUGAAGGGUCUGUUCAGAGCAAGGUCGAACUUGGGUGGAGCGUUGAGGUAUUCUUAUUGGCUGUACACCCAUUGCAUUAUAACGCUAACUGGUCCUCCCUCGGGUGUAUUGAUAAGCAAAAAAUGCACAACAAAGCGUUAGAAGGAAACUUGACAAAGAGGUGAAAAUUGGUGAGCUGAAGAAUCUAUUUUGUGGGAGAGUCUAGUUUUAGAAACGGCUGAUCUGCAGUUUGUCAUUUUCUUGGUUGACAUGGAUGUCAUAUUCUGUCUUUAAGACGACUUGGAUUUAAUUUGUCAUCUAGUCCUUUGUUUGAAUAAGAUUUGAAACAAGUUGAUAUC